UUUCUCAUUCAGACAUGAAGACAUCUUUGAAGACGUUCCUAUUCGCCAGUUUGGCUUGUUUACAGUAUCUGUCCGGCACAGAUGCUCAGGCAGCAUCCCCUACAACUCCUGUUGCCACCGUCUCAUUCCUACCAGGACCAUCACAAACACCGAUCCAUACUCCAGGCCUGAAUAUCCCUGGGUUUUAUACCGGAAUACCGAUUCUUCAGAAUUCAGUUAAAUACAUCGUAGUUCGAUUAGACAAGGGACCGAUAAGUUCCGUCUACUUAACGGCCACCAAGAAGGGUGAAUCUUCCAAAAUCAUAAUCAAAGAUUAUAAAGACGAGAUCGAAAAUGGUACGGGCCUAGAAUGGGAAGUCGAUCCGAAGCUGUAUCCAGCAGGUGAUUACUUGCUCAACAUGACCGUCACUUCCAACAGAGUUAAGGCAAUCCCCAAUCCGCAGGCCUCAUCCUCGAGUGCCCCUCCAGCAUCUAGAACAACCAGUAUGGCCUCAAGCCCAUCUCCCUCCGGCACUCCAGACGUAGAGCUUGCUGUUUAUAACUGGCAAGUAGAAAUCGAGAUUGUUGAGCAUCCAGGCUUUGUUCCUAGCUCGGCCAUGUUAUCAAAUGUGCCUGGUGGCAGUAUAUGGUAUCUUUAUAGUAUGAUGACAGUUGCAGGAACCAUAUCUCUAGGAGCAAUCCUUGCGCUUUGA